AUGUCGCCCUCCGUUCUCAUGGACACCUCCGACGAUUUCGUCAUGCCCUCCGCCAAAGCCCCGCAGUCGUCGCACCGCACCCUCCUCCUUUCGCCUCCGUCGCUCUCGUCGCAUCAAGAAAUCCUGACCCGCCUGUUAGAAAUGCACGACCGCGCCCACACUGACCUGCAGAUGUUGGACAGGCUGUCUCUCGGGCUCGUGUCGCUCCCUCAGUCCACUUAUGAUGUUAUCACCAUCCUCUCUGAUGCAGAUGGAUCACGUCACGAAAGUCAAAAUCUUAUCAGUCGGGAUAUGCUGGCUUUGCUGGUCAAAGCAUUGAAGAGUGGCGGACGUUUGCGCAGCCAGGACGGGACUUUUGGGACUGCGGAUGGUCCAGAGAAGAACGAGACCAUCCUCGCUGGUCUUUCUUUCCAGCCAGGAGUGGGGUUCGUGAAGCCAGACUACAGCGCACAGGAUUCGGUUCCUUUGAAGUUCGGGAGAAAGAAGACAUCGCAGGCCGCUGGCGGUCUUAGCAGCACGACGAAUGGCGAUUCCGUGUCACUGCCAGUCAACGGCAAGCGAAAGAGCACGGAUGACGCUCUGCCUGCGGGUGUGGGGUUUGAUGACGGAUUGGAUGGGUCAGACGAUGAACUGAUUGACGAAGAUACGUUGCUGGAUGACGAGGAUUUGAAGAGGCCUAUUAAAAUUCCCACUGAAUGCCAGCCCAAGGCGAAGCGACGUCGAGCAUGCAAAGACUGUACUUGCGGGCUCGCACAGAAAUUGGAAGCCGAAGAUCGAGCCAAACGGGAGAAUGCGGACAAGGCAUUGAACACGAUGAAGUUGCAAGCAGACGAUUUGGCCGAGGUUGAUUUUACUGUACAGGGCAAAGUUGGAAGUUGUGGAAACUGCAGUCUUGGAGAUGCAUUCCGAUGCGAUGGCUGCCCGUACAUUGGGCUUCCUGCCUUUAAACCUGGCGAAGAGGUUCGACUGUUGAACGAUGACAUUCAACUAUAG